ACAAGAGGUUGAGUUGAUCGUGAUAAUGGGUUUGCCUCAACCUUGCAGAUUCAACCUGUGCAUGACCCUUUUGGUCCUUUACUUUCUGAUCAGCUUCCUCAGCCAUACCAGAACUGAGGCCGCUGCAACUUACGUCCAUCAUAAAUGUCCAAACACCACCACUUUCACCACCAACAGUACCUACCAAUCCAAUCUCAAUAACCUCCUCACAUACCUCUCAUCCAACGCCACACGCAACAUUGAAUUCUACAACGCCACUGCCGGGAACUCCGUCGACACAGUCUACGGCCUCUUCCUCUGCCGCGGCGACCUCCCCGCCGACACCUGCCAAAGCUGCAUCGCCGACGCAACAAAAGACAUAGUCCAGCGCUGUCCCACGGAAAGAUUAGCCGUGGGUUGGUACGACGAAUGCAUGUUGCACUACUCUGACCAGUAUUUCUUUGGCAGCACGGUCACCGACCCUUACAGAAUCUUGCGUAACACACUAAAUAUUUCGGACCAAACCGGGUUUGAUCAGGUAGUGAGACCAAAAUUGAGCUGUUUGGCAAGUGGGAUUAUAAAUCUUAGUACCGGGGCAAAGAAGUUUGGGACGAAUAAAGCGAAUUUUACAGCGCUGAAAUAUGUGUACACACUUGUGCAGUGCACGCCGGACCUGUCGGGUUACGAUUGCACCGGCUGUCUUCGGUUAGCAAUACAGAAGCUGCCGAGUGGGAAUAGAGGGGGAAGAGUUUUGUUUCCCAGUUGUAUUGCUAGGUUUGAAUUUCACCCGUUUUAUCUCACGGGUAACACAUCCGCGCCACCGCCAAUGCCUGUUCCCCCGCCUCCAACACCGAAAGAGGAAGAAAGAUUGGUGGAUAUUUGCAUUGCUGGUAUGCUGUACGAGUACCGCCCUUAUCUGGAGAAUCUGGCAAAGCUCCACUAUGCAGAGGCAGCUUUGUAUCAGGAGUUUGAACCUGAGGGAGAGAAUAUGAUCCUUCCUUUCAAUGCCACUGUUUUAGAAAGGGAGGAAGAAGAUAAUGGAGAGGAACUUGAGAGACCUCCAAGCCAGAUGGCAAGGUGGUCUACGAGUUCUGACGGUUAA